CGCUGUGACGUCAUGGGCGGCCGCCGGUGCCCAGGGCGGGUGCGGCGCGGGAUGGAGCGGCCGGGGGCUCUCCGGCGGGACCGCAGAGGCACCUGGCAGUAGGUGUGAGCUGAUCUAGCCUGCCUCUUGCAGUAGCCUGGCUCUCUGGUGUGUGAUCAUGAGUGUGAACCCGACCAGGGGGUGCCUCCUGGACCUGCCCUGGGAAGACAUCCUGGUUCCACAUAUCCUCUGUCAUCUGCCACUGCAGCAGCUCCUGAGCCUGCAGAGGGUCAGCAAGUCAUUCCAGUCUCUCAUCCAGCUGUACCUGGCCAACAUGCGCUGCUUUGACUCAAGCCAGAUUGGACCUGCCAUCCCUCGAGCCGCUUUUGUUAACAUGUUGAAGGACAACGAAGUACUGCAGCAGCUGGCACUCCAGAACUGCUGUGACUGGCUGACGGACCGGGAAUUGCUCCCAGUCAUCGGGCAGAACCACCACCUGCACCAGAUCCAGCUGAAGGGCUGUGCCCAGCUCAGCCGCCACGCGCUGGUGGCCAUCUCGCUGAGCUGCCCCCACCUGCGCCAGCUCUCCCUGGCUCACUGUGAGUGGGUGGACAGCCUGUCCCUGCGCAGCCUGGCUGACCACUGCAAGAUGCUGGAGGCUGUGGACCUGACGGCCUGUCGCCAGCUGAAGGACGAGGCUAUCUGCUACCUGGUGCAGAAAUGCAGCAGGCUUAAGUCUCUGUCACUGGCUGUCAAUGCCAAUGUGGGCGACCUGGCAGUCGAGGAGACUGCCAAGUGCUGCCCCGAGCUGGAGCACUUGGACCUCACAGGAUGUCUGCGAGUCAAGAAUGACUCCAUCAGGGUCCUGGCUGAGUACUGUCCCAAGCUGCGCUCGCUGAAGGUCAAGCAUUGCCACAACGUGGCCGAGUCCAGCUUGAGCAUCCUCCGAAGCCGUGGGGUGGAGCUGGAUGUGGAGCCUCCGCUGCAGAGGGCUCUUGUUCUGCUGCAGGAUGUGGUUGGCUUUGCCCCUUUCAUCAACCUUCAGAUCUAGAACUGCUGCUGCU